UAGUGGCUUCCGUCUUCCCGCCCUCGGUGUCGGUGUGAGCGGAGCCGGGAGCAGGGCGGCGGGGAAGGGGGAAGGUUUAUUUGCGGGGUGCAGUUGCAGAGAUGGUGUCGCUGCUGCCGCGCAUCGAGCGGCUCUCGUCGCGGGUGGUGCGGGUACUGGGCUGCAAUCCGGGGCCCAUGACUCUGCAGGGCACCAACACCUACCUGGUGGGCACCGGGUCCAGAAGAGUCCUUAUUGACACUGGGCAGCCAAAUAUUCCUGAAUAUAUUGGCUGUUUAAAGCAGGCACUGUCAGAGUUCAGCAUCUCAAUUCAAGAAAUUUUAGUGACACACUGGCAUCACGAUCACGUCGGUGGAAUAGCUGAUAUCUGCGAAAACAUCCCUAAUGACUCCGAAUAUCGCAUCAGUAAGCUUCCUCGUGUCCCUCACCGUGAAGAAAGUAUAAGUGGAGGACAUAAAUAUUUUUAUCUUAAAGAGGGAGAUGUGGUACGGACAGAAGGAGCCACACUCAGAGUUUUAUAUACGCCUGGACACACUGAUGAUCAUAUGGCUUUACAUCUAGAAGAAGAAAAUGCUGUGUUUUCUGGUGACUGUAUUUUAGGGGAAGGAACAACAGUAAUUGAAGACCUGCAUGAUUACAUGAAAACUUUGGAAAGGUUGUUACAAAUGAAACCAGAUUUAAUAUAUCCAGGUCAUGGCCCAGUAGUACGUGAUGCAAAUACUAGAAUCCAAGGCUACAUUUCUCACCGAAUUGCACGUGAACAGCAAAUUCUGAAUGUUUUCCAGCAGAAUGUUGGAAAAUCAUAUACAUCCUCAGAGCUUGUGAAGAUAGUAUACAAGGAGAUCCCUGAAAAUUUACUUGGAGCAGCAGAAAGUAACCUCCUAGUCCACUUGAAGAAGUUGGAGAAAGAAGGAAAAGUGUUACAUGAGGGCUCUCCCAACCUCAGAUGGAAAAACAAUUUAUAAGUUACACAAGAUUGCUCAAGAAUAUUUUAAAUCUGCACAGUUGCUGCAUGAAAAAAUAAAAUUAUGAGCCCAGACAACAAGCAAAAUCACAACUAAUUCUUCCUUUUUUUUCUUUUUUUUUUAAAUUCUAACAAAUGUAAAGCAUCUAACAGUCAGUUAAUGGUUUGCAUAUUAUUAUUUUGGGAAUUUUAAAAAUAACCUGGUAGAUACUGAGUUAAUAAAAUAGAAUGAGAGCAAAGAGCUGAAUGUUACCUCUGUUAUAAAAGAAGCAGCAUUAUCAUCAGUGGCGGAAGACAAAUAGCAAGGUCUUAAAAACUGAAUAUUACAAUAUUAUAAAUGUAAUGAAUCAGAUAUAUUAAAAAUCUCUAGUAAAAAGAAUAGAAAAGAUGUUAUUCUGAAUCUGUUCUCAUUUGCUUGUGCUUUUCAAAAACUGAUUUUCUAAUAAGCUAUCUGUACAUUCUAAAAACCAAGUUAUUUUUGUUAACAAAUGUAAAUACUGGGGUUUAUAUUCCUUUUCUGAUUUAGCUGCCUGUGCACAUAUUUGCUGGUUGCUCACUGCAGUAGGUUUGAAAAAAAACACUGAAAGUAAUUCCACACUUCUCUGUUUUCUGGUGGAAACACCACUUCUAUGGAAUUCAUUCAAAGGAUUCAUUAAUUUUUACUGAUCAAUGUCAAAAAACACAGAGUUGAAGCAGACUUUUAAAUUCUUUAUAAGACUCUGCAAGAAUGUAAUUCAAAAGCUGUAUAAAUUGAGAUGUAUAUGCACCAUAUAAAGUUAAGUUUGUCUAUUGCUCUCUAACUAGCAGCUUCAAGUUUUGCUGUUAAAUCCAUUUAAACUACAAAUAUUUUAACAAAAGGUUGUAUUUGAUUGUAAGAUACUGUAUAAUGUAUUAAAAUACAAUGAAGAUUAAUUUAAACUGCAAGUUCAGUUCUCUGUGUAGCUUAAACUUUCAGAGGUGUAUAAAUAUUUGCAUUACUUUGUAUUCAAACGUGUGUGAAGUUUUUAUGAUACAUACACAUCUUUUAAUGCUAGCUCAACCUUAGGAAAAGCAAAACUAAAAAAUACUCAAACAAGCAAAAAAACACCAACAAAAAAUACAGAUAUGGUGUGUUUGAAAGCACCAGUGACAAUUAUAUGUCCUUGAAAAUCCUUGAAAACCUUUCACCAUUCAAUCCUGUACCCUGGUCUGUCAAACAUGCAUAUGGUUGCAUAUUUAAGGCAUGUCUUAAUUAUUAUCAUUAUUUUAUGAAUUUGAUGGCAUUUAUGCUGAUCAGCUGAGCCAAAUCCAAAACACAGAUACUCCCAGGAACAGCAAUCUAGAACUGAAAUCAUAAUCUGAAGUAGUAACCAGACUGAGGCUACUCAGUCCUCCCCUGAGGAGGGGAAAUAAUAACUUUCUGCUCUAUAAAAUUAGGCUUUUUGCAAAGUUAAUCGAUUUGAUUUUUGGUCACAUCAUGACUCUUGCUCCCUUUGAACUUCCUGUGCAGUGCCAUUUUGGGGUGUUUUUCAGGUCUCCUGGUUUUUCCUCCUCUUGUGUUUUCUGUUUACCUUCAUUUCCCAUCUCGGCCACUUUUUUGUGCCCCUUCUCCCACAAACCUUACAUUUUUUCAAUUCCUUUUGGAUUAUUUCUCUCUUCAUAAUUACUCAGAAAUUUUCACAUGGACUUCUUGCCAUUACUAAUUGCUGUUUUCCUGUAGCCAUUUCAUGAAUUUAUAAUUACCUCUUUGAUUGUUAGGAAUAAACAUGGAAUUAUCACUGUGGGGUUUUUUUAAAAACUGAAUUCAUAUGCUCUGAAUGAUGUCAUUUUGCUUCAGGAAAACAGAAAUAUCCAUGAAAUGGCAGUUUGCUGUCAUGAGAUCUAAAAACCUAAGCCAGCAGGAAACUGGUGUGAAGUGGUGAUGCCUCAUGAACUUUCUGAGCUAAUGAAGAAAUUUGCUGGUAGGCACGAUAUCUUCUGUUUUACUGUGCUUCGUCUUUAAAUACACAGAAAUGGCUUUAGACUUCAGUUAAAGUACUGUUGGGACUUGCAGGCGGCAAAAAAAGCAAGAGGAUACAUAUCAGAAAAUUCCAUGUUCUGCUUUGUGCUGUAGCAAACCGAUGACACUCUCAAAUAAUGAGUGAAAUUGCAGUUUAACCAGCCUUGCCAUUAAUGAUCGUGUAUGGUGUCUCUGGAAUUUUAAAAGCAGAAAUUGCACUAAGAUGUAUAUACAAAAAAAGAUAUUUACAUCAGCUGUGACAUGUUGUGAAAGUCUUGGGACUCCUUGUUGAUUAUGAGAUAAUGAAUCAGAAGGAGUGUUUGCUUAUUUAAAAAUAGAGUGGUAAUGUAAGCUAAAUGUCAUGUAUGUAUAAAAAUGGGGAUUAGCCUUUUUACAUCCCUGACAUGAAUACAUUCAUCUGUGCAGAAUGCAUUAAAAGUUAAGAAUAAAAA